ACAGUAACAAAAACUUAUAAAAACUACAAACAACAUAGUUGUAUAGUUAUUGUGUACAAUGUAGAGUAUUUCUAUUAAAAAGAUAGAUAUCUGCAAAUUUUGUUAUUUCGUCUACUGGACUGGGGAGACCGGAGCCUGGUAUAGAUAUUAAUUUCAAAUCUUAAUCCUUUCACAUUAAGGGUUUUUUUCUGCUAAAUUUAAACGAAAAUGCUUCGUACAGAACUAAUUCGCUAUGAAAGAAGAUGUAAUAUUUUUGCAAUCUAUUACAGAAAAAUGGCUAAAUUAAUGGUCAAAGUUGACCGAUUUCAUCAUAUGAUUACGAAUUGUGCUUGGGCAUGUGUUAUCAAAGAUAUUUAUAAAACUUUUGACGAUCAAGCAAUAAAAUGGCCACUCCUCUGUCCUGGGCCCAAGAAGCAAUUAUGUGUGACCUUUGCGACAUGUCCACAGAACAAUUUUGUAAUAACUGUCAGGUCAAUUUAUGUGCGGAAUGUAUCAACAAACAUGUCAAAAAUCAGAAGACAUUGACACAUGACAUUGUUCCUUUUAAGAACAAAAAGACACACUUUAAAUUACCAGAAUGUAAAUUUCACUCCAGUCAGAGAUAUGAGGCCCACUGUCAACAGUGCGAUGUUCCAGUCUGCAUGAAAUGCGUAAUCGAUUUGCAUAAUGGACACAUCAUAAGAGACUUACCAAACAACUUCAAUGAAAAGAUAAAGGAAAUUCAAAAAGAAAAUAGAGAAAUCGAAUCAAGAAUGAUUCCUAAGUCUAACAAGAAAAUUGAAGAUGCAGAAAAAGAUAAAGUUUUGGCUAAGGAAAAAUAUAUUGAUCUUGAAAAAGAAACAGAGAAUCAAAGAAAAGUUUGGCAUCAAGAAGUAGACAGCAUCUUCAACAAAUUCAGUACUUUGAUCAAAUCAUUGAGAGAUAACCAUCAGACUAUGCUGAAAUCACACCAAGACAAACUUGAAAACUCUAUUUCAGAAAUGAUCCAGACAGUACAACGAAACAAAGAAUUGCUAGAGUCCUUAAAAGUGUCUGAGGUCUCCAAUUAUCAAUCCAAACUGACAGAAUACAGGGGCACUCCUGAAGCCAUUGAUGUUGUCCUUCCUUCAUUGAAAACAUGCACAGUAAAAGGGAAGGAAUUUAGAAUAGAGUUAGGAGAAUACAUGGUUAAAUUGAGUCAGACAUCUACUUCCAGUCUAACAGAUGAAGAUUCCCAUCCCUCUACAAAAGAGUUACUAGACAAAGCCAGAGUAAUUGCAACGAUUCCUACUGGAGUUAACCUUUUAAAUAGAUUAGCCACUUUAGGAGCAGAUAAAGUCUGGAUUAGUGGUUUAGGUAGAUUUAUAAGAUGUUUUGACAAACAGGGAUCUUUACUGGAUACCUUCACCACCUCAUGUCAAAUCCAGCCCAGUGACAUCUCGGUAACCAUUCAAGGAGACCUGAUAUACAGUGAUCAUGAGAAUGGAACUGUUAACACUGUCAAAGACGGUAAAACAGAGGUACUGAUCACCACACCAAUGGACUGGAAACCAGCUGGAUUAAGCUGUAGCAAAUCAGGGGAUGUGCUGGUCAAUCUGUAUAACGGAGAUCAGAAUAAGAUUGUCCGAUAUCAGGGAAAGACAAUCAAACAAGAAAUAUUCAAAGAUGAAAAUGAAGUAGAAAUCUAUGGAAGUGGAAACUUUAUUUUGUUUAUCGCAGAGAACAACAAUGGUGACAUCUGUGCAUCUGAUCGCAAUGCUAAGGCAGUGGUCGUUGUAGACAAGGCAGGAAGAGUCCGAUUCCGAUACGAUGGUUCACUAGCAAAAAUGAAGAAACCAUUUGAUCCUAAUCAGCUAGUGACAGACUCCAUGAGUCAAAUCAUUGUAACUGAUUGGACCAACGACUGCCUUCACAUUCUUAACGAAGAUGGAAAGUUUCUGAAAUGUGUAGAUGAUUGUGAACUAUCUAGGCCCCUUGGACUGAGUGUGGAUGUUGAAGGAAAUUUGUGGGUUGGAUUAUAUGAAAAAGGAGACGUAAAGGUGAUCCAGUACAUGGAAUAAGCAGAAAACACACACAGUAAUGAUGUUAAGAUAAUUAGCUUUUUAUUUCCUUGUACAGAUGCGUAUUCACUAACGUUACAAAUUAACAGUGUAUUUGCUUAUUAUAAGUUGUCCAUUUCUCAAUCAGAUUUCAUAAUCGCUGAAAUAUAGAUACUUUUUCUGCUUGGCAUUGUAAAAAUUGCAACUUUUUAAACUCAAUUAUAUCUUUAAAUAUUAAUUUUUUGUUUAAAUUUUGCAGUGAAAUUCAAGAUGCUCCUAAGAUACUUUCCGAAAAAAAAAUGAAAAUAAAUCACUGCAUAUUUCGUCAUUCUAUAUGUUUUUAUUUGGUCUUGCCAUUUGUUCUUCAGAAAAAGUGCAUCUCACCACGGCGUCCUUAUUUCAAACAUUCCCCUAUCACUUUAUCAAAUGAUAAUUUUUCCUCCUUAAAUACAGUGAUCACAACAAGCACACAAAGAGGCUGCCGUGAUACGCAAAUCUCACACAGCUGUUAAGACAUGCAAACUAUCUAUUAAGAAAGAUAUGGAGAAAACGAACAUUAUUCAACGUCAAAGUCCAUAAAAAACUACAAAAUAAGAGAAGAGCCACCAUGGACCUCUGAAACAUCAGAGGUGGGGUCAGGUGCUAUGAGGGAAGUGAGCAUCUCCUGCUGACCGGUCACACCUGCCGUGUGCU